AACUUGUAUUGUUUGUAGGAGUAAAUGGCUGACAAGUGGUGAGCAGGACCUCACCAUUGCACAGAUGUUCAGAUGGAUGGGGGAUUCUAGUGUCCUGAACGCGGACCUUGCACAGUUCAUGAGUUCUGGUGGUUCUGGCACAGUACUUGUCUUUACUUUUAAGGACGUAGAGUUCAAACUGGGACUGGCGGAAGUUAGCGACAAACUCAACUACAUCUGUGAGAUCAGCAUGGACAUGGCGUACAUGGUUCUGAACCAGGACCGUGAUUUCCGGUUUGGGACCUACAUUACAGAUGAGGAGGCGAUGACAUAUGGACCACAGUUUACCAAGAUGCCGGAGGAUGUGAUCAUGAUCGCAGCAUCAAAACAGGCCUACGUUGAUUGUAGGGCCAUGGGAAAUCCCCCACCUACCUACCGCUGGUUCCGUGGCGAUGACGAAAGACAAAUUAAUGAAGAGGUUUCUCCAUCCACAAGUGAGCGUUACACGUUAACUAAUGGAAAACUGACCAUUCAGUUGCCUAAUGAAGAGGAAGAUGCCGGGUAUUACAGAUGUGAGGUGGAGAAUAGAUUCGGAAAGAUCAUCAGUGACCCGAUACAGAUGUCAUUCGGCUUCCUAGCAGAAUUCUCCAAUGUCAAAGACGCCCCAGUGCCAGCUGUGGCCUACGAUGGGACAGUCGUGUCGUGCAGUGACAUCAAAUAUAAACCAGAUGUGGUAUAUAACUGGAUGAGACAGGGCUUCAGUGGUUCUGGGUUUGAAUACAUCUACACCGAACUGAUGCCCUACAUGUUUAUAUCUACCAAUGGCAAGCUGUACUUCACGGAGGUCACUCGGGUAGACGAGGCGGACUACUACUGUCAGGUGACACUGUCAGGAGUGUCAUCCACGGUCGUAGGAUCUAGCCAGCCACCCAGUAAAACAAGUCUUGCCAUAUCCCUCUCUGUUUCCGACUCAGCUGCCAGAGCUGACUGGGGCCCUAAUAUUCACAACGAUUUCAUUGCUGUCUUUCCUAAACCGCCGAUGAGAGGGGAGGAACUUCGCAUGGAGUGUUUUGCCUAUGGAUCAGCCAAGAACUACGAGAACUCCUGGUCAUACUCCUGGAGUCGUGCUGGUAAAGCUAUGCCGGCUGGUACCAAGUUUACAGAUCUCAAUCGUGUGCUGACCAUCGAAAACGUCCAGCGAGAGGACGAGGGCACCUACACAUGUGUGGUCAGUCGUGGAAAUGCAGCGAGUGAUUCAAAAUCGGUCACUAUAAACUUGGAAGCUCGACCUUAUUUCCUGGUUCCCCUGCGUGCCCAGCACAUUGAUGAAGGAGCCCAUCUGACUUGGCGCUGUCAGGCAGGAGGUCGACCAAUACCAUACUACACCUGGUACCGUAAUGGAGUUGAAAUCACCACUUCAACACCGGACAUGACCGUCAACAAGAACGUCCUUACCAUCACAAACGCUGACGCGGAACUUCACAAUGGCAUGUACCAGUGUGCCGCUACAAACAUCCAUGGAACAACCCUCAGUGGUGCACAGCUCCAGGUCUACUCCUUCGCACCAACCUUUGCAAAAUCCCCACCCAAGGAGAGUCAGGAUGCGGCUCUGCGUGGCAACCUCACGGUAGCCUGUAACCCAGAGGCUGCUCCUAAGGCAGAGAUUCAGUGGCUUAAAAAUGGGAACAUGCCACUCUCGACAGGAGGAAACAUCCAGAUCCUGGUCAAUGGAUACCUGCACAUCAGUAACAUCAACUCCAAUGAUGCAGGAAUCUACACCUGUAAGGCAACUAAUAUACACGGAGAGGCACAGGGCUCGACUAGGGUCUACGUCAGAUUGGGCACAACAAUUAACAGGAUACUGGGACCUAAGAGUCAGGUCAACCUGAAUGACACAGCCUUCCUUCGGUGUGAAGCUUCCUACGACCCUGUUCUGGAUCUCAUGUAUGCUUGGAAAUUCAAUGGAAGAGAAUUGGAUAUUGAGGACGAUGUACAUUACACACUGGGUACCCAUUCCAACACCAGAGGGUUGUACAUCAAAAAUGUGCAGUUUAAACAUGAGGGACAAUAUGAGUGUAUAGCUAGGACCCCCCUCAAUGAAGCCGUCUCUGCUGGGGUACUCACAGUGCUGGGACCCCCCGGAGAAUGUGGAGGGGUGUUUGCCGAUCCCCACACUGUCACGACAACCACCAUACUCCUGUACUGGUUUCCUGGGGAUGAUAAUGGCCGUCCCAUUGACUACUAUAUCAUACAGGCUGAAGCUGUUAUACAACCAAAUGUCUGGUUCACCGUCCGUGCCGGGGUGCCGGAUGUUGAAGCAGUUGUUGAUGGGAACGCACGGGGCAUGAGGUCAAUCAUGGUAUCAGGUCUGGAUCCUGGUAAUGGGUAUCGCUUCAGGGUACAGGCUGCCAACUCCUACGGUAUUGGCAUGCACAGCAAACCUUCCCAAAUUUACCAGACCAAGCCAGCUCCCCCGUCACGGGCCCCUACAGGUGUCAGUGGAGGAGGUGGAAGUGUGGGAGACCUUACUAUGGUCUGGAAGGUGCUCUCGCGUGUUUACAGAGGAGGACCUAACGUGAGAUACAUUGUGUAUUGGCGAACCUAUUCCACUGAUCCAAAUCACCAAUGGAGUAUGACAGAGGUUUCCAACGUAAAUACUACAAAGUAUGUCCAUCAGGUCGGUGAUACAAACUAUUACAUGAAGUAUGAGGUCAAAGUUCAGGCAUUUAAUGAUUAUGGCAAGGGACCUAACUCUACUGAGGUCAUCAUCUACUCUGCAGAAGGAUUACCCGCUGCUGCUCCUGAGAAGGUCAAUGCUGACGGGUUCAACUCGACAGCUAUGGAAGUGUACUGGAUAUCGGUUUCUGAUACGAGGGCAGCCAUGAAAGGCCUUGUCAGAGGUUAUCAGAUCAAUUACUGGGCUAAUAACAACGAUGAUCCGCCCCUGACAAAGUUCAUCCGUUACCAGGGACAACGAGAUACUGGCCUUGUGAUUGGUCUGGAAGCUGAUAGCUACUACUGGUUUAAUGUACAAGUAUACAAUACAGCUGGGCUGGGCCCCCGCAGCGAGAGAUAUACACAGGAAACUAAAAAUCCAGCUCCUUUCCUGUACCCACAGGAGGCCCAUGUUCAUUCUAACGGGGCCGAGUCUGUCAAGCUCACCUGGAGGGGUAUCAGUACCUCAGUGGCAGAGGACACCCUCAGGGGAUACAUGAUUUACUUCUGGCAAGCUAAUGAGAAUUACCGUACUGCUACGGAGGUGAGAGUUGACAGAAAGCCAACCGAGUACAUCCUCCAGGGACUGAAGAAAAACAUUGUGUAUGCUGUAAGAAUAGCCGGAUACAGUGGAGGGGGUGCUGGCAAAAAGUCACCAACGGUCUUCUUCACUCUAGGUGGUAUGGUGUACGUAGAUCCGACACUGACUGAAAUCCGUGCCUCGGCGUCCUCCAUUUCCUCGUCGUUUGUUUAUGUUCUCUGUGUCGCCAUAGUGACACUACUGUCCCAGAAAUGAGUGCUGAGAGGUUGUGCCUUCUGAAACUAGAGAACACAUACAUCUGUUUUUUUUUUAUCAAGGCCACUUGAUUCUAAGAAAUUCCAUGUAUCUGAUAAUAGGAUAACAUCAUAUGUACAUUUUACAUUCCUGUAGUGUGUCGAUGCAUUCGUUGCCAUGUGUAGAAUUCAUUUACUAUGUACUUGAAGUGCAAGUUGUUAAAAUGUUGAAAAUGAGAGAAUGAUUAUGAGAAUGUACACAAAUUAUGAAAUCUUUGUUUAUAUAUAAAUAUAUAUUUUAAAUGUCUGUUCACAUCAAAAAAUAAAAAUGAAUAUUUUUUUUACCACUAUUGAAAAUAUUUUCAUCCAAGAUCAUAUUUUUGUAUAUGAAUCAUUCAAGUUGUGUUGUGAAUGUGACUUUAAAACAGACUCCGUAUUAAUUUUGUAUCUAUUACACAGAGUAUUACAGCAGUGUUAGUGCUACAACAGAGGAAUAAAACUCCAGUCAAUCUAGGUAAAUAUGUACUGGGUGUGUAAAUACGUACAAAAAUAUAUCUGGUAUGUAAAUAGAAGUGCAAGGUGUGUAAAUAAGUAUAAAUGUACAUAUUUAUCAUAUACUUGUCCCAGAUAUGAUCUGUCCAUCUUGUACCAUAUCUUUUUUACUGGUCAAGUAUAUAAUAGGUUAUAUGACAGUUUCCAUAUCCUACCCUUGGAUCUCCCUGGGAUCUCCCUGGGCGUUACGGAGAUCUCCAAGCUACCUACCUACAACAUAAUCUCCAGAAUGCAUAUUUGACCAUUUUUAUUUUCGUCCACUUUUCACAUAAGUAACACUACAUAAUCAUGAAUUCUCCCUCAUUAUGGAGGGCGGACAGGGUAAGAUUUAAAGUGUGGUAAUGUUUCUCAUAGAGUAUCUAUCCUGUUGUUACAUCCGUGUUCUUAUUCCCUAUAAAAUCAUUGUGUUAAUAUUUUAUAAAGUAAGGUGAACAUAAUAAUUGAUCAGGAUGAAAUUGUAUGAAUGUGUUUGAAAUGGACUGAUAAUUGUUGCAUUAUUUACUAAUUACUGUAUAUUGCUUCAUUUUAGGAUAUUUCAAUUUGAGGAGACUAAUCUGCCAGUUUUUAAUCUAUCUAUCAUAAUAUCAUUCUUAAUUCAGCUGUUCUUAAAUAACACCUAGACAUAACCUGGUAGUUUGAACACGUGAAAACAUUUAAUAUAUUACAUGCAAUGAUCAUAGAAAAUAUACGCAUCUUGCAUUUGAUUGCUUUUAAGAAGAUGGUUAAAUCUUACAAAGUCAAUUAGAAAAUCUGAAUCCAAGCAAUUUCAAGUUUUCAAUAAUUUUUAGCAUUUCCCAUGUGUGCUAGUUUAGUCAUAGACAAAGCUUGAAAGAAAUUCAUGUAUAAAAAUUCUAAGGUUUGAUUCUGAAAAUAGGCUGCAGGAUCUAUGAACACAGUACAGGCCAGAUAGUGGUAAGGUGAGGUGUGGUUCAUUGUAAUGGGGUCUACUAUAAGGUUUAGGUUGUCAUAUAGUGACAAGAGAAAUAUUUUUUUGCUUGGUGCAAUAUGCUUAAUGCAUAAUACAAUUAAUACAAUAUGUCUAUCAUACACUAUUGUAUAUGAUGUAAAAAGGUAACAUUCAUACAAUACUCUACCUACUGUUUUAUAUAGGAAAACCAAUAUUACACUAUAAGAGGCUGAGAGCAAUGUAAUAACGACUUAAGAACAUAGUUUUUUCAACACUGUGACACAACAGACCAGAUGUCACAGAAAACAGUUGGUCCUCUGCUGUCUGGAAUGCUGCUUCUUUGUCAACCUAAAUUAUUCUGUUACAAACACAAUGAGUAUGUAUGCAAGUAGGAAGAUUAUAAGUGAUGACCACGCUGUAUUUAGGUUACAUAGAACUGGAGAAAGUUCUCGUGAUAGACUACAGACUUAGUGUGAUAUCACGGAAUAGAAACUACAGACUUAGUGUGGUAUCACAUAUAGAAAUCCAACCUCUGUAACUAUCUGUGAUCAUAUUUUUGUACUUUUAGCAAUGUCAUAGCAAUAUUCAGUCCCCAUUGAUGCUUUAUUAUAUAAAAAUGUCACCAAAUCAAUAAAAUCUAAUCAUUUUUUAAUA